UAUCCGCGGCUGGUUGCCUCGCGGCAACAGCCAGUAUCCUGGCAUUGAUAGCUCAUCUUACAAGGGCCAAGAGGAAGAAACGCUUGGCUUAUGCGGCACCAAACAGGCCAGAAUUUUUAGUCUACGUUGGUAGAAGUAACGAGGAAUUAGCGAAGAACGCGGAAUCAUGUAACAGAAGAUUAUUGGCCCGGCACGAGGACACUUCCUAUGACACGCCUAGAGCUAAAGCAGUCGUUAGGGUUCCUAGAUCACAAGAUUGUAACAUUUAUGAGACACCGAGGUACGCUCGGCCGGAAAGACGACUGGAUAUAAUAGAAACACCUACCUCAAUGGCUGGUAUUCAUGGAAGACAACAACAACAACAACAACAACAACAGCAACAUCAAUUUCAACAUCAAUAUCAACAACAGCAACAACCAUUGGAUGAGGGUGUCUACGCAGUAGCGGAUGUUACAGGUCUUCGAGAUGAGCCACCGGAAAUGUUAUCCCUUUAUCGUAUGCAGAAUACACGAAUGAACGUACAGCGCGCCGAUUAUGGUUACGAUUAUGAGUACGACUAUGAUUACGAGCCACCGCUUCCGGACAAGCCUCACGUUGUCUUUGUUUGAACGAAGAUGUGGAAGGGAAGUUAAUGUGAGACGAAUAGAGAUAGAGAUACUUAGAUAGAAAGAAAGAAAUAGAUAAAGAGAAUGAGAGAGAGAGAGAGAGAGAGAAAAAGAAAGAGAACAAGAGAAAGAGAGAAAGAAAGAGAAUGUGCGUUCCUUUGAUUUCGUUUUACGUUAAAAUGGUCUCGACCAAAUCGAGAUUCCAAUCGCGCUUUUCCAAGGAAUAUCUAUCUAUCUCUAUCUCUAUCUCUAUCUCUCUCUCUCUCUCUCUCUCUCUCUCCCUACACCUUCCUUUCCUCUUUCUCUCUCUCUCUCUCUUGUCGUUUCGUUCGACGGGAACAGCUGCGCUUCUUCGAUCUUUUCGAGAGCCAACUUACUCGCCUCACCCAUUCGCGUAUAGUGACUUUGGGAAUGUCUGAGAUAGCUCGUCGAUACCUAGUCUGUGUGUCUUCUUCUUCUUCUUCUUCUCCUUCAUCUUCUUUCUAUAUAUAUAUAUAUAUAUAUGUGUGUGUGUGUGUGUUUUUUUUAUCGCCGUUGUUUCUUUAUUGUUAUUUUAUUUUUCUUUCUCUCUCUCUCUCUCUCUCUCUCUCUCUCUCUCUCUCUCUCUCUCUUUCUCUCUCUCCGCUCUCUAUCGCCUCGUCGUCGUUGUAACCGGAUAGAAAAGAAACUUUUGAAAGACACUUCGACGAUCGGACAACGCGAUACGAUCCGUGAUAUCGAAUAUCGGUUAUCGACAACGAGACCCGUUACAUCCAUCCAAUCCGUUACAUCGUAUUCUUUAUUACGAUUUAUUCAGGAAAGUUACGUUUCAAAAACUUGUCUUCAAGAAUUUGUCCGGCUUAUUAUUUUUCUUUUUUUAUUUUCUAUAUCCCAUAUACAUAUGCGCCUAGUUUAGAUAUAUUUCUCUCUUUCUCUCACUCUCUCUCUCUCUCUCUCUCUUGGUUUUUUUUUCUUGAAAUGAUACGGGACAUUGGACGAUGGACGAGGGAGGAGGAGGGAAGCGGGGCGAGGCUAAGGGUGAGAAGGUAGAGAGGGAGGAUACUUUUUCCUUUUUUUUUUUUUUUUUCUUUUUUUUCUUUGCAUAAAUUCCCUUAGAGAAAAAGAGAAAAUUUUGUUACCAUUUUGUCAUUCACCAAUACCAAGAGAAAAUUUAGAUUUUAGAUACAUACUGCUAGUGUAUGUACUUAGCGACAGUAGUAACAAUAGUUGCGGUAAUAGUAGUAGUAAUAGUAGUAGUAAUAGUAAUGACAGUAGUAAGUAGUAUUAGUAGCAACAUUGGUAUUAGUAGCUGCAGUAGGUCCCGGUCAAAGGCUCGACGUAUCAGCAAGAAAAAACAGCAAUUCAUGAUUUUUCCUACCACCUCGAAGUUCGAAGACGAUCGAUCGGCGUACUCGAUGACGUAACACGCUGAAUUUUCUCUCUCUCAUCUAUCUUUUUUUUAUCCUUUUUCCCCCACCCUCUCUCUCUCUCUCUCUGUCUGUCUGUCUGCCUAUUUCACUCUUAUUCCGGGAGUGGCACAGGCAAAACGUAAAUGAAAGAAAAUGAAAUGUCUUCCGAGAUAGUUGCGCUCGCUAGGUAACUAGGAUGCAUUCUUAACUUGAGGGAGCACAAUCCAUAACAAAUAUACAUACAUAUAUAUGUGUAUAUAUAUAUAUAUAUAUAUAUAUAUAUAUAUAUACGCAGUGUUGUACAUUAUAUAGGAAAAAAAGAAAAAAAAAAUGAGAAAAGAAAAGGAAAAAAAAAUAGGAAAAAAAAAAAAAGAGAAAAUAAAUAAAACUCGUCUCGCGCAUCCGAUAAAAAUCGAGAGAAGAGAGGGUAAAAGCGGCCGUUCGUAUUUAUUUUCGUAAAGCUAGCUAGCGGAGUCGAAGCUGGCUCGAAUGGACGGAUGGACGGAUGGAUGGACGGACGGACGGACGGAUGAAUGGAUGGAUGGAUGGAUGGAUGGAUGGAUGGAUGGAUGGAUGGAUGGAUGGAUGGAUGUUCGGAUGCGAGUGCAACGCACCUAACAAACGUUCAUUUUGCAAUUUAAAGUUAGACGAAUUGGUUGGAUCAAAGCAUCAGCAGAGAGAGAAAAAGAGAGAAAGAGAAAGAGAGAGAAAGAGAGAGAGAGAGAGAGAGUAAAUGAGAGAGUACGAGUGAGAGAGAGAGAGAGAGAGAGAGAGAGAGAGAGAAAGAGAGAGAGACAGAAAGUCUCUUUCUCUUUCUGGUUUCUAUCUUUCUCGUUUGUCCGUUUCAAACCCGUCUAGAGUGUGUAGUGGAAUUAGAUUAUUUCUCUUUCUCUCUUUC